ACCUUUGGACGGAAUCACAGCGUCAAAAGUUUCAGCAUGCGCUCGUCAGGGGUUAAUAUACGCUCUGAGCUACCUACUUACCUUAGGAAGCCGCCCUGAUUUCCUGAAAAUCCUGGAUUGCCAGUUUACCUCCAGUUUGCAGCAAGGCAGAUGCCGGAAAUAUAUCAAUCCAUUGCUAUCACCAAAAUUUCCAUUGUUGCGAAGCAUCGCCCACAUAGCUAUCCUCCUAAAGCGCCAUGUUAACCAGGAGACUGUUUCCCCUCUACUUGUUUACAGGAGUAGGUCUGAUCGCGUUCUUCUAUUUCUUCGAGUCGCGAGAUGCGGAAUCUACACCAAUCUUUCUCGGCGCGGGCCAAUUCAAUCGUCCCCCCGCGAAAGACGGGCAAUUUCAGUGGAGUACCCGGCCUGAGAAACAUCCAGUAUCAUCGCUGAUUCCAUUUCCGACUGGCUAUCCGGCCAAAAUAUCUUCUAUCCAGCAUAAGUUCACCCCCGAGUCGGGUGCGGCUGCAGACGAGCGGAUUAAGAGGCGUCAAAGCGUCAAGGAGACAUUCAUUCGGGCAUGGAAUGGAUACAGGGAGCACGCAUGGCUGAAAGACGAACUCACUCCCAUAUCUGGUAGUUCUCGAAGCCAUUUCGGGGGCUGGGCAGCGACAUUGGUAGAUUCGCUGGAUACGUUAUGGAUCAUGGAUCUAAAGACUGAGUUUGAAGAAGCGGUUGAAAGCGUCAGGGAUAUCGAUUUUACGACCACGGAGGAAGACCAAAUCAAUACUUUUGAGACGACCAUUCGUUAUCUGGGAGGGCUGUUAGCUGCAUUUGACCUUAGUGAUGGGAAAUAUCCCGUUCUUUUGGAGAAGGCCCUGGAACUAGGAGACAUGCUGUAUGCGGCAUUUGAUACUCCCAAUAGGAUGCCAAUCACAAGAUGGUAUUGGAAGACUGGAAUGUCUGGAGACACCCAAAAGCCGGAUGACGGAGUUCUUGCUGCUGAGAUCGGAUCUUUAUCUCUUGAAUUUACGAGACUCUCACAACUCACUGGUGAUGCAAAGUUCUUCGACGCAAUCCAGCGAAUUUCCGACCGCUUUGAACAGGCACAAUUAAAGACGAAACUUCCGGGAAUGUGGCCAGUGGUUGUGAAUCCGCAGGCAGCUGACCUUGGAACGGACACUGGUUUUACACUUGGAGCUAUGGCAGACUCGCUCUACGAAUAUCUUCCUAAGCAAUACAUGUUACUUGGCGGACUAUCUCAGCAAUACCGCAACCUCUACGAGAUCGCCAUCGACACGGCGAAGAAAAACUUGCUCUUCCGACCAAUGACUCCAAAUGAAGACGACAUUCUCAUUUCAGGAAAUGUACGUGUGGUGUCCCCUACCGAGGUCCAACUCGACCCACAAGGGCAACAUCUCGCAUGCUUUGUCGGGGGCAUGAUGGCAAUCGGGUCUCGGAUCUUCGAUAGACCAGAUGACUUACCAAUUGCUCGAAAGCUGGUCGACGGCUGCAUUUGGGCAUAUCAAUCAAUGCCUAGCGGUAUAAUGCCAGAAAGCUUCCAUGUUGUGCCGUGCGAAGAUGCGACGAGCUGUAAAUGGGACGAGAAGAAGUGGCACGCUGGUAUUGAGAGCCGCCACGAUGACUUCAAAGUUGGGGAAGCUGCAUCCAUGGCAGAGCAGAUCAAGAAUCUCGGUCUUUUCCCUGGAUUUACUGAUAUAGCGGACAGGAGAUAUAUUCUUCGGCCCGAAACAAUUGAAUCAAUCUUCAUCCUCUACCGGAUCACGGGAGAUGAAAGCCUUCGAGACACCGCUUGGGAGAUCUUCCAAUCAAUCACCGAAUACACGCACACGGCUUUCGGGAACGCAGCUUUGAGUGACGUAACGCAUCUACCACCACAGCAAUCCGAUAGUAUGGAGUCCUUUUGGACUGCGGAAACACUGAAGUACUUUUACUUGAUUUUCAGCGACACAUCUCUGAUAGAUCUGGAUCAUUUUGUCUUUAACACCGAAGCGCACCCUUUUAAGCGGCCGCGAUAGAUACUGUUGCAAGUAGCCACUGCAUUUAUGCAUCCUUUGUCACGGGUUAGAAGGUUUUGGAGUAAUCGAAUGGGGUUGUCAAGCUCAUCAUCAUCGAUCGCGGGCAUUCCCAGGGCAGUUACCAUAUUACACACUACCUUACCUGUACCUGCC